AUGGCGACGUCUAGAGCUUUACAAGUUAGAUUACCACCCUUACCGAGUAUCAAAGAUAUCAUCAGGCUGUAUAAACUUCGCGCCCUUAGGGAAUUAUCGCAAAAUUUUCUCAUGGAACCACGUUUGAUCGAUAAAAUAGUACGCGCUGCUGGAAAUAUAGAAAAUAACAUAGUGUGUGAAGUAGGGCCGGGUCCUGGCGGCAUCACAAGGUCGAUCAUACAACAGGCGCCACGGAAAGUCAUUCUGAUAGAGAAAGAUCGACGCUUCAUACCUACUUUAGAGCUUCUAGCAGAUGCUUGCAGGGGGAAAGUAGAUGUUGACAUCAUACCAGGAGAUAUUUUGAAAACAAAUAUUGCACAUUAUAUUCCUGAAGAUGUGAAAUGUGAAUGGAAUGAUCCUCCGCCUCCCAUUAAUUUAAUUGGCAACUUGCCCUUCAGCGUGUCAACAAUACUUAUAAUAAGAUGGCUCGAGAUGAUUUCUAAAAAAGAAGGACCCUGGGCAUUUGGUCGUACAAGAAUGACUCUAACUUUCCAAAAAGAGGUUGCAGAGAGAAUGGCCGCUCGGAUAACAGAUAACCAAAGAUGCAGAUUGUCUGUAAUGUGUCAGAACUGGUGUAAUGUUAACUAUAAGUUCAACAUACCUGGGAAGGCCUUUCUGCCGAAACCUGAAGUAGAUGUUGGUGUGGUUACCCUCACUCCUCUAAAACAACCUAUUAUAAACCUGCCAUUCAAAAUGGUUGAAAAGGUGGCACGUCAGAUAUUUUCUAUGAGACAGAAGUAUUCCAUCCGAGGCUGCCAGACUUUAUUCCCAGAGGAAAUUAGGGAAGAAAUGGCCCUGAAGAUGUACAAGAUGGCAGAAAUAGACCCUGUCACAAGGCCCUUCCAAAUAGCUAAUGGAGAAUUCAACCGUUUGUGCGAAGCUUAUAAUGAAAUAAUAAAACAGUAUCCAGAAUUGGAAAAGUAUGAUUACAGAGCUCCUAAGAAAAAGCCUGAUGUCAAUGUAGAGGGGUCAAAUUAAUAUUAUUAUUUUGUACAUAGGUUUAGUAGAUGAUUAAAGAAUAUUUGUUUCAA